CGUUUCAAUUCAGAAAUUGGUUACACAUGAAAGGCCUGCCGCGGAUAUCGCAUCCAAUAGCUGGGAGGCCAAUUGCAAGGUGUCCAUGCCCCCAUAAAGGCCCAGCUAAGUACUUCCGUUAUAAUCUCCUUCUCAAAGCUGCGACCGGUCACGGCGAUAACGGUGGACGGAGCGCCGGCGAGCACUCACCAGCAAGGGGCUCCGGAGCGGCUAGCCAGGCAGGUCGCGGCGGCAGCACUCGGGGGCCCGCACGCCAGCAGCAGCAACAGCAGCAGUGGCCCGGCAACGGCAGCAGCAGUAGCGGCGGCGGGAGGGUGGGCGGGGCCGGCAGCAGCGGCAGCGGCAGCAGCUCUCCCUUCCGCAGCCCCAGGCGAGGCGGCAGUUGGCAACAUGGCGGCGGCAGUAGCAGGGGCGGUGCGGAGGCUCCUGCCGGCCCCACUGCCGGCCCCGUGUUAGCUCUGCAAGCUCGGCUGCUGACGACUCGGCACUGGCGGCAGCUGACGGAC